AGAUCCCUCACUUAACUGACACUAAUGUUGAACGUGGACAGGAGCAGAUGGGCAGUGCUGCGAGAGCAACAGGAGGAAGAGGAUCAUUCCUGUAGCGCCAUUCUUCUGACCACGCAUACACAUGGGGAACAAUAACAGCUCCACAGUGGAUGAUCUGCAGGCUAUUGAGAUCCACCACUGGUACAAAAAGUUCAUGACGGAGUGUCCUUCUGGACAGCUGACGGAGCAUGAAUUUAAACAGUUCUUUGGGCUUCGAGGGCUGGAUCCAGAGGCCAAUGAGUACAUUGAGCAGAUGUUCCGCACGUUUGACAUGAACAAGGAUGGAUAUAUUGACUUCAUGGAAUAUGUGGCUGCCCUCAGCCUCGUUCUCCGUGGGAAGAUGGAGCAGAAAUUGCGGUGGUAUUUCAAGCUGUAUGAUGUAGACGGCAAUGGCUGCAUUGAUCGACAUGAAUUGCUCAACAUCAUUAAGGCUAUUCGAGCUAUUAAUGGUGGUGACCAUGAAACUAGUGCAGAAGAGUUCACCAACCGAGUCUUCAACAAAAUUGAUGUGAAUGGAGAUGGUGAACUUUCUCUGGAUGAAUUUGUGGAGGGAGCAAGGAAAGACGAGGAGUUCAUGGAGGUUAUGAUGAAAAGUUUGGACCUGUCACACAUUGUGGCCAUGAUCAACAACCGUCGGCAUAGCGUAUAAAUCAAGCUGGGAGAAAAUGCUGUGCCAAUAGACAGAAGGGUGUACACACACCAGAAAGGAGAGAGAGCAUUUUUUAAAACAAACAAAAUUUCCAUAAACACGCCUAUGGAAGUAGGAACAGAAAUACACUGCUAUAUUUGUGUAUUUGAGUGCAUGUUCCUGUACGAAUAUUGUAGCUCAGCCACAUACAUGCAGGGCAGGUUCAGACAAAAUGGAUCUGGGUGGCAAUAUUUGACUUGACCUCCUAAAAUUUAAAGGCCAAGUUUCAGGGCACAAAUUUCAUCCUUAUUCUGUGUCCCAGAUUGUGGCUUUGCAAUGGACUAAAAGUAACGCUAAGUUUGUGAAGAGCAC